UUGAAAAUUUUUUUUUUUUGAAAAUCGACAAAUGUGUGUUCAAUAAAAAUUUGAUGUCAAAUUUGACAUUUAAUAAAAUAUUCUACACUAUUUACUCUGAAACACACACUUACACACACACAUUCCAUAUACAAUUCAUUAAUAUCACAAGAGGAAGAAUAUUCUUGAAUUUCCGAUUUUUUCUUUCUCUUAAAUAUUUAUUCAUCAAAAACUAAAUUAAUCAUGUCAAGAAAAUUUAUAUCAAUAUUAUCCGGUACUACGUAUAAUGUACAUGCAAAUGAAAUUGCAAGCGGUAUGCGUCAACAACAACAACAACAAUCAUCAACAUUACAGCUGCAUCCAAAUGAAAAUGAUCAAUCAUCAUCACCAUCGUUAUCAUCACCACAAUCAUUAUUAUCAUCACCGAAUAAUUUUGGUGGUGGUGGUCGUCUGUCAAAUCUAUCUGCAUUGAUUACUGGUCGUACAAUUAUACCGGUACCUGAAACAAUAAAAUGUAUUGUACAUUUUCUUGAUGAUACUGAACAUAUUUUUGAAAUUGAUCGUGCUGCAAAAGGUGAAGAAUUAAUGGAUGCCGUUUUUCGUCAUUUAGAAUUAAUUGAACGAGAAUAUUUUGCAUUACAAUAUACGGAAAUAUUUCGUUCAACAACACAAUCAUCAAAUGUUUAUGAUCAACAACAACAAUAUUCUAAUCAAGAUAAUUUAAAUGUAACAAUGAAUUGUAGCCCAGUGAAUACAACACGAACAGUUUUAUAUAAUAAAUGGCUUGAUCCAACAAAAAAAAUUCGUAAACAGAUGCGUUUCUGUCAACAACCAUAUCUAUUACAUUUUCGUGUAAAAUUCUAUGUAACCGAAAUGACACGUUUAUUAGAAGAAUAUACACGUUAUCAUUUUUAUUUACAAAUACGUAAAGAUAUAUUAGCUGGUCAUUUAUGUCAAUUAUCAUCAUCAACAUUAAAAAAUGAUGGAAACAAUUCCGAACAACAACAACAACAAAAUGAAGAAGAACAGGAUUCAAUCAUGGCCACAUUAGCUAGUUAUGUUCUACAAUCUGAACUGGGUGAUUAUUGUGAAGAAGAACAUAGGCCAGGAUAUUCGAAUGAAUUUCGUUUUAUACCAAAUCAAACGGAUGAAUUUUGUCAUAAAGUGGAAUCAUUACAUCGUUUACAUCAGGGACAAACACCGGCUGAUGCUGAAUUUAAUUAUCUUGAAGAAGCAAAACAUUUAGAAUUAUAUGGUGUUGAUUUGCAUAAUGCUAAGGAUUAUGAUAAUAUUGACAUAAAAAUUGGUGUUUCAUCCAAUGGUCUAGCCAUCUAUAAAAUUAUUUUAAAUCCAAAUAAUGGUCAACAAAAAUAUUGUAAAAUUAACAUGUUUUCAUGGGCUAAAAUCGUAAAAAUUUCCUUUAAACGACGAUAUUUUUUUAUUCAAUUAAAACAUGAAGGCACCGAACGAUUUGAUAAUCUAAUCGGAUUUAAUCUAUGUUCAUAUCGUGCUUGUAAAUCACUUUGGAAAUCCUGUGUUGAACAGCAUACAUUUUUUCGUUUACAUACACCAAAACCAUUGACGAAAAAAUUUUUCUUUUUCUUUUCAUUGGGUUCGAAAUUUCGUUAUAGUGGUAAAACAGAAUUUCAAACAAUUGAAGAAAAUCGUAGACGUUUAACACGUACUGAACGUAUAUUUAUACGAAAUACUGGUCGUAAUGCAACUAUGCCAGCAUCGAUUAUAAAAUCAUCAACCCCAAAUGGUAAUGAUAUUAAUAAUCAACAACAACCAGCAAAGAUAAACAUGGAUGCACAGAAACAUAUUGUUAAUCUUAAAUUAUCAACAAUUGAUAGUUGUGUUACCACAACAACAGCAACAACAGUAGUAACCAAUGGUAGUAUGAUUUAUACUAAUAAUAAAUAUAAUGAUAAACUACGUACAUCAUCAUCAUCUCGUCAAAGUCAUUCAAAACAGCAACGGAAACAUUCUACAACAGCAUUAUCAUUGAUGGAAUCCGAUUCAUUAUCAUCAUCAUCAGCAUCAUCAUUAUUGGGACCAUCAUCCAUUAUAAAUGAAAAGAAAGCUCAAACAUUACAAGCCUCAACAAUAACAGCUAAAAAUGAUACAAAAACAGUAUUAUCAUCAUCAUCAUCAUCUGGUCAUCUAAUUCAUAAUAAUAAUAAUCAAAAACAUUCGAAACGACAAUCGGAUAAAAAGACAAUCAUCAUCAAUAACAAAAAUAAUAAUAAUAAUAAUACUAGUCAUUCCAAUAAUCAUCAUUCACAAAAAUUUACAUUCAUUUCAUCAUCAUCAUCAUCAUCAUCUACAUCUACAUCAUCAAUAGAAUCAUCAUUUAUGCCGGCAAAUUUAAUAGAGGACCAAAAAGUCGAAAUAGAAUUAGAAAAUGGAACGAAUGAUCUCAUUAUCGAUGAUGUUGGUCAAAAUGUUUGUUGUGAUAACAAUGAAAAUGCUACCAUAAUGAAUAAGAAUAUAGCCAAAGAUAAUAAUGAUAAUCUAAAAAUCUUAAAUAGCAAUAAUGAUAAUGAUCAAUCGACAACAAUUAUAACUAUCGGUAAUGAUCACGCUAAAAUUUCAACUAUAACAACAACAACAAUGACAACGACAACAUUCACAACAACGGCAUUUACACCAUCUACAUUGAUCUCAUUACCAUAUAUUGAUUCAAUAUCAACAACAUCAUCAUCGGAUAAAACAAUCAAUUCAUUAACAAAUGGUACAAUAUUAUUAGGUGAUGAUAAUAAUAGUAAAGAUGUAACUAUUAUUACUGAAACAAGUCAAACAUCAACAAUAACUGAAGAUAUACCAAAUGAUAAUGAUACUGAUAUUGAAUCAAAAGAUCAACAACAACAAUCAACAUUUGAUUUUGAUCUACCUAUACAUGAAUUAAUCAAAGAAUUAUAUGAUGAUGCAGCAGCAGAUAUGCCUGUUAAUCAUAAGAAUAAUGCUGAUGAUGUUGAUUGUAUAAAAGAUCCAUCAUCAGAUACUGAUUCACCUAUCCAUGUUGUAACGGUUACAAUGAAACCAGAUGAACAAGGUCGUUUUGGUUUCAAUGUAAAAGGUGGUCAUGAUCAAAAUUGUCCAGUAUUAGUAUCACGUAUAUUGCCAAAUACACCCGCCGAUUGUGCUGAACCAAAAUUACAUGAAGGUGAUCAAGUAUUAGCCAUUAAUAGUGUAGAAGUAUCCGGUUUGAAACAUGAACAAGUUGUACAGUUAAUACGUUCAACUAAAGAUCUUGGUCCUGAUGCUAAACUUUUAUUAUCAAUACGUCCAAAUGUUUAUUAUAAACAUUGUCAAUGUCCAAAUGAAACAAUAGAUACUGUUGAUCAUGAACAGUGUAAUCCAGAACAACAAUCACCAUUUCAUUAUACACCAUUAAAUUAUUCAGUAUCACCAUCAUCAUUUAUUGAUGAUAUUAAUCCAGAAGAAUCUGGCGAUGAUGAUGAUGAUGAUGAUGGUGAAAAUGGUAUGAAAAUAGAACAUACAUCUUCGGUAGGAUCUUCAUUAUUGGAUACUUCAAUGAAUCUUUUACAUGAAGGUCUACAAGGUGAUUUAUUAAUCAUACAAUUUGAGUAUCUACCACGUCGUAAUGAAGAUGAACCAAUAACAAUAGCACGGUUAUUGGAUAAUGUACCGAAAAAUCGUUAUCUGGAUAUUGCACCAUAUGAUUCAACACGUGUCAUAAUGUCUGAAUGUAAUACUGGUGAUUAUAUUAAUGCUUCAUAUGUAACAAUGAAGAUUGAAGCCAGUAAUGUUGUCAAUAGAUAUAUCGCAACUCAGGGACCGCUUAAACGUACUACAAGUGAUUUUUGGCAAAUGGUAUGGGAACAACGAUCAACAUUAAUAGUAAUGGUUACACCGUUAAUCGAAGAUGGUAGAAAAAAAUGUUUCAAAUAUUGGCCCGAUGAAGGUCAAACAAUGAUUGUGAAUGAUUUAUUGGAUUUAACACUUGAAGAUUGUCAGGAUCGUGGUGCUUUUCUUGAACGUCGUUUCAAAUUGAUUGAUCCGGAAAAUAAGAAUACACAUUAUAUAACACAUUUACAAUAUUUAGCAUGGCCUGAUCAAGGUGUACCGGAUGAUGAUACAGAUUUUCUAAAACUUAUUUUCAAAGUUCGUGAACUUCGCCAAGAAUCAUCCGAUUCACCUGUCAUUGUACAUUGCAGUGCUGGAAUUGGCCGUACCGGUGUACUUAUAUUAAUGGAAACAGGUAUCUGUCUCAUUGAAGCUAAUCAACCAGUUUAUCCAUUAGAAUUAGUUCGAAUAAUGCGUAAUCAACGUGCCAUGCUCAUACAAACAUCAACACAAUUUCGUUUUGUUUGUGAAGCAUUACAUCGUGUAUUUCGUGAUCAUAUUGUUCGGCCAUUAGAUCAAUAUGUCAUUGAUAAUAAAACCGAUGAUAAUGAUGAUACAACUAAUCCAACUGAACUAACAAUUUAGAAAAAUCAAUAUCUUGUUGGUUUUUUUUCUUUCAUUGCCAUUUCAAGCACAAACAUAGAUCAUUGAUGGAUGACUGUAACAACAAUAUUUCCGUGUCAGCUAUAUUC